AUGUUUGGUUUCGGCGGUGGUAAUAGCGGAUUUGGAAAUAAGCCAGCUGGUUCAGCCGGGUUUUCUUUUGGGCAAAAUAACAAUACGGCCAGUCAACCUUCAGGUUCUGGGUUUGGUUUCGGAGGUGGCCAGCAAAAUAAUACGACUACCGGUGCGAGUACAACCGGAGGGUUUGGAGCUAAUCAAACUACGAAUACUUUUGGAGCUAAUCAACAAAAUAAUGCUGGGGGUGGCCUUUUUGGUAAUAAGCCUGCUCUUGGUGGCUUAGGAAGCACCAAUACUAGCGUUUCAGGAACUACAGCUGCUGGGACAGGUUUAUUUGGUCAGCAACCAGCCUCCGGUGGACCUCUCAGUGGUGGUCUAUUUGGAAAUAAGCCAGCUCCCACAACCGGAGGCCUUUUUGGUAAUACAACACAGAAUAAUAAUACUACAGGCGGGGGGUUAUUUAAUAACAAAUUAGGGACUACCGGGUCACUUAUGGAUAAUAAUAAUACCCAAAACACUUCUACUAUGAAUGGUAGUGGACUCUUUGGCGCUAAACCUCAAAACAGUGCGCCGGCUACUGGUGGUUUGUUUGGGAAUAAGCCACAGGGUUCCGUAGCAGGUGGUGGAUUAUUUGGAAACAACUCCCAGAAUAACAAUACCCUUAGUGGAAGUGGUCUUUUCGGUCAACCUCAGCAGCCCCAAACGAAUACUACCCCUGGAUACGGAAAUACAGUCUCCACACAACCAUCGUUUGCUUGGUCUAAACCCCCCGCUCAAACUAACUUACAGCAACAGCAACAGCAACAACAAUUUCAGGUACCGUUACAACAAACACAGGCAAUUGUCCAGCAGCAGCAGCAGCUUUCUAAUUACCCCCAACAAAUUCAAGAGCAAGUACUGAAAUGUAAGGAAUCAUGGGACCCUAACACGACGAAAACAAAAUUGAGAGCGUUUGUAUAUAACAAAGUGAAUGAAACAGAAGCCAUUCUAUAUACCAAACCAGCACAAGUACUUCAGGAAGAAUGGGACCAAGCAAUGGAGAGUAAACCCUCUUCCCAAACGAUUCCAAUACAAAUAUACGGGUUUGGAGGUUUAAAUCAACGUAAUCAAGUACAAACUGAGAAUGUUGCACAAGCUAGAAUUAUCCUAAAUCAAAUUCUAGAAAAAUCAACACAAUUGCAACAAAAGCAUGAAUUGGACACUGCAUCCAGGGUUUUGAAGGCACAAUCAAGGAAUGUAGAAAUUGAGAAAAGAAUUUUGAAACUAGGCACACAAUUGGCGAUUUUAAAGAACAGAGGAUUGCCACUGGGAAUAGCAGAAGAAAAAAUGUGGUCACAAUUCCAGACUUUAUUACAACGCAGUGAGGACCCUGCGGGCUUAGGUAAGACUAAUGAACUUUGGGCACGUUUGGCUGUCUUAAAAGAACGCGCCAAGAACAUUUCUAGCCAAUUAGAUGGUAAACUAAUGGUCUUCAAUGAGGAUGCCAAAAGCCAAGACAAUAUGUCACAAGGCACCGGUGAAGAAUCUAACGAUCGUAUUGAUAAAAUAGCGGAAAUUCUAACGAACCAACAGCGUGGUAUAACGUACUUGAACGAAGUUUUGGAGAAGGACACUGCAAUGGUAAAAGAAUAUGCGAAUAAGACCUAA